AUGAAAAAUCCAAGGAUGUUUUUGAUUUUGUACCCGUUUUUGUUAGCAGCCCUUGUGCUCAGCUGUCGCUGCGAUGAAAGAAAGUUACACAUCGUGUACAUGGGAGAUUUACCUAAAGGAGGAGAUUUGUCGGUUUCAUCAUCACAUCACACCAUUCUGCAGACUGUUCUUGGAAGUGCUUCGUCAGCAAAGGAGUCGCUCGUCUACAGUUACGAAAGAAGUUUCAACGGUUUUGCUGCCAAGCUCACCGUCAACGAAGCCGCAAGAAUCGCGGAAAUGGAAGGAGUCGUCUCUGUUAACCCUAAUCGCAUGCUAAAGCUCCACACGACAAGGUCGUGGGAUUUCAUGGGAUUCACCGACGGCAACCUCGGACCUGGCCUCGAAGGACAGGUCAUCAUCGGACUUCUCGACACCGGAGUAUGGCCGGAGCAUCCGAGUUUCAACGACACGGGUUUCGGGCCUCCACCGUCAAAAUGGAAGGGCACAUGCCAAACAGCAACAAAUUUCACCUGCAAUAACAAAAUCAUAGGCGCGCGUUACUACAAGAGCGACAACAGCUACGACGACGACAACGAAGCCCCAUCUCCGAGAGAUACCGAAGGGCACGGGACACACACAGCCUCGACAGCUGGUGGCGUAGAAUUACCCGGGACGAGCUUUUACGGCUUAGCGGAGGGUGUGGCGAGAGGUGGGGCCCGCAAUGCUAGAAUCGCGGUUUAUAAAGUGUGUUGGUUGACUGGAUGCAGUAAUGCAGAUGUUCUUAAAGCAUUCGAUGAUGCAAUUGCGGAUGGAGUGGAUAUUCUCUCUGUUUCGUUGGGAUCUUUAUUUCCUCAUCGUUUUUUCGAUGAUCCUAUUGCGAUUGGAUCUUUCCAUGCAAUGCAAAAUGGGAUUCUGACGUCGAACUCGGCCGGAAAUUCGGGUCCGGAUCCCGUUAGUGUCGUCAACUUUGCACCUUGGACACUCACGGUUGCUGCUAGCACUAUCGACAGAAAAUUCGUCGCUAAUUUGGUGCUCGGAAACGGCCUAUUCUUGACGGGGAUCUCGAUUAAUAGCUUCGAUCUGAACGGAACUUCUUACCCGUUGGUAUGGGGAGGAGACGCGGCAAAUAUUUCCAUCGGUGCUAGUUCAGACAACACGAGAACUUGUAUGUUAGAAUCCGACGAGAUGAACUACGGCAUGCUAGCUGGUGCAAUAGUUCUUUGUGAAAAUCCGUUUGAUGCGGCCGCCUCGAACAUUUUCCACUUUAACGGAACGGGAGUUAUAAUGGUCGAUAAUGCCCCUCAAUAUGCCUCGAGCUACCCUUUACCGGCAACCGUCAUAAGCCCCGACGACCUCAGAAAAGUCAUGCAGUACAUAAAAACCACAAAGUACCCUGUGGCAACGAUUUUAGUCGGCGAGGCAUGGAAAGACGCGAUGGCGCCUAUCGUAGUCUCGUUUUCUUCGAGAGGGCCGAGCCCUUAUAGCCCUGAUAUUCUCAAGCCCGAUGUAACUGCGCCCGGCGUCGAUAUUCUCGCCGGGUGGUCCCCACUUGCGCCGCCCUCGUUCGCAUAUGGAGACACGAGGAGCGGUGUUUACUUCAACGUAGUUUCGGGCACAUCGAUGUCUUGCCCGCACGCCACCGCUGCCGCGGCCUAUGUUAAAGCCGCGCAUCCCGAUUGGUCGCCAGCUGUCAUAAAAUCCGCAAUUAUGACGACAGCUUAUGUUAUGGAUCCGAGUCAAAAUACCGACAAAGAAUUCGCCUACGGAUCGGGACACAUAAACCCUGCGGGUGCAGUGGACCCCGGUUUAGUUUUCGAUGCGUCUGCAGCAGAUUACAUCAACUUGCUCUGCAAGCAAGGGUACAACACUACUACCCUGAGGAUGCUCACAGGGGAUAACUCCACAUGUGCUAAUACUACAAUCGGAAGAGCUUUUGAUUUUAACUACCCGAUAUUGUCAAUGUACGUCGAAGACGGGCAGGAAAUUACGGGCACGUUCAAAAGAACGGUUACGAAUGUGGGCCCGCUUAACUCGACAUACACUGCCACGUGGCAAAUGCCGUCGCUGAUUAGUGUGACGGUCGAACCGUCGGUUCUUGAGUUUUCGGUCGUUGGAGAGAGGAAGUCGUUCACGGUGACGGUUGUGGGGCCCGCGAUCAAGCAGCAGCCGAUAAUGUCGGGGGCGGUGACAUGGAGCGACGGGGGGAGCCGUUCGGUUAGGACACCUGUCGUGGUGUACAAUUAUAAUUACGAUCUUGGUUCGGAAGAUUCGAAGCUUUCGAAGCCGGAGAAAAAAAAGGAUGUGUUGAAGGUGAAGAAGGGAUUAUUGCACAAGAAUUAUAGGAAUGGAUUCAUCAAGAAUUGAGACAGGGCAACAUCUAGUUGAUAAUAAUAAUAUUAAUAAUCACAUCAGAAAUAACAUGUUACAUUAUUAUUGA